UUUCUGUUUUGCCAUGCAUGCCAAAUGCCAAUGUUUCAAUGCAUUUGGUGGAUUGCAUUGCAUUGCGAAAAGUUUGGGUUGGGAAAAGCGCAUUAUUUUGUUUUGAGUUGAAGAUGUCUGUCUGUACCUACCUAUAAUUAAAUUAUCUUUAGUGUAGCUGAUAUCUAUAAAACAUCUAUUAUAAGUAUUUCGUAAUAAUUCGAGGUAUUCCUACUAAUACUAGUGUCUAAAGAAAAUUAUAACAUUUAAGUAAAAAAUGUCUAUACAGUGGACAUUCAUCGCCGGCUACCUUUAUUUUGAAAUCGCUGUGGUCAUCUUAAUGAUGUUACCUAUAUUUAGCCCUCGGCGAUGGCACCAGUUCUUCAAAUCUCGUUUGUUUUUUAUGUUCCGGAAUCACGCCGCAGUCUACUUCUAUGUUCUACUAGGGAUUUUGGGAGUAUUUCUAAUGGAUUCUGUCAGAGAAAUGAAGAAAUAUGCUCAUUCCCCUGAAGGACAUGUCCAUUUAUCUAGUGAAAUGAAGGGAAAUGUGAAAUUGUUCAGAGCUCAGCGAAACUUUUAUAUUACAGGUUUCGCUAUAUUCUUAGCUUUUGUCAUAAGACGCCUUGUCACUAUGUUGAUAAUCCAGGAUGAGCUGAGUCUCAAAGCUGAACGAAUAAUUAAACAAGCAGAAGAUACAGUAAACUCUGCUAAGACUAUGGUAUUGAGCAACACCAUGCAAGCAUCAGAAACUCAGAAACUUGAGGAGAUGAUUCAGGACUUAGAAAAAGUAAAAAGUGAGCGAGAUGAACACAGGGCAAGGGUUAGAGAGUUGGAAGAAGAGGCAACAAAAUGGAGGUUGAUGUACGAGGAAGUAUGUGGUGCUGGAGACGCUAAAACAGAAUAAAAUUAUAUGCUAUUAUAAAAGUGUUGUAUUAAGAUAACAGAUGUCAUUUACUAAAUUACUAAAUUUGUGACCACAAAGUAAAGAAAUUAUAACUUUCUGUGAUGUGCCUAAAUUAUGGUGCUUGUAUUUCAAGAUUUCUAAAGUUUUGCAUUUGGAUGUGUUAUGUGUCUAGUCUAUUUUUUUUUACAAUCUAACAAUUGGUUAAAUAUUGUUAUGCCAUUAAUAUAAGUUUUCAUUGUCAUUCAUCUCAUAAUUUUAAAAAGUUUUAUUAAAAUUAAUGUUACC